GUGAAGCAAGAUGGCGUCUCCUGAAGCUUAACUCGGUGUAAAGGACUUUAUCUCCGUGAAGUCGCGCCCCCCCCGAGGCUCCGGUGCUGUUUCACGGUUGUUCCGGUGAAGAGAAGCCUCCUCUACCGGGUACGUGUGGUCGCAGGGCGCCGCUGAGCUCCAGAGGACAGCCCGAGGACCGUGUCUCUUCCCCCCUCCCCACCCCGCGACCCUCCGCCAGCAGCCGGGGAGGCGAGCUGCUGUCAGCCGGGACACGAUGGACACCGGGGAGUACAUGGAGACCAUGGACUCCACGUUAUCGGAGUUAGGGGACGAGUUCACGUUGGGGGACAUCGACGAGAUGCUGCAGUUUGUCAGCAACCAAGUGGGGGACUUCCCCGACUUGUUUGAGGACCAGAUGAACCCAACAGGCUCGCUACAGAGCGGGAGGGCCACUGUCACCCCGCGACCUGCCGUUCAAACCCCUCAAGCCCCCCCAAUCCCCCAGACACCAACCCAAGUUACCUACCUGAACUCCAGCGUUACCCUCACAUGCCCACAGACACUAUCUCCCCAGUCUUUACCCCUCACCCCUCCCCUCACCCCCGCCCAGGCCCCCUCCCCUAUCGCCGCCUCCCCUGUGCAGCAGCAGGUGACCCGCAGCCCUCCGCUGCUUCAGCCUCGGCCUCAGGUGGUCCAACCCAUCCAGCCUCAGCCCCAACAGACGGCUCAGCCUACCCUCCAGGUAUCAACUAUCAUACCACUUGCACGCGAGACUUGGAUGCACACUCAGGGGAUCCCCAUGCAGACCCAGAGCUUCCCGGUCCACACCUUAGUUCAGACUCAAUGCCAGACGCCCAUGCCCAUCCAGACCCAGGCGGGGCAAACUGUGAUGAUUGCCCCCAACGGUGGGCAGUCGCGUUUCAUCCAGAGCCCUGUGAUCUGCCACCAGGGUUCUACUCCUGGGUUCCAAGUCAUCCAACCACAGAUGCAGAGCAUCAUGACGUCACCACAGCUCCAACCAUUGACCAUUCAGCAUCAGCGACUUCUGACUCCAACAGGUCAAACCAUCCAGACUCUGUCUGCAGCACCGACCACAGUCCACACUAUGCAGCAGCAGAUGCAGCAGGUGCAGCAGGUCCUAGUCCAGCAGCCUCAACUUCUGAAAACAGAAUCGCUGGUUCUCACAACUCUCAAACCAGAUGGCACUCAGGUGCUGUCGACCAUGCAGAGCCCCAACGGGAUCACCACCUUGACCACGCCCCUCCAGAACACUCUGCAAGUCCCGACGCUGAUGAGCAGCAACAUCCUGACCACCGUCCCUAUGGUGAUGGGCGGAGGAGACAAGCUGCCAAUCAAGCAGCUGCAGCCAGGCUCCUCCCACUGCACGAAUGUAGCCAGAUCAAAUGUGGAUCACGGCUUCAUGAACAUGGGAGUACUGGGCCCGGGAGGAGUGGUGAAGGAGGGCGAGAGGAGGACGACACACAACAUCAUCGAGAAGAGGUACCGCUCCUCCAUCAAUGACAAAAUCCUCGAGCUGAGAGACCUGGUCAUGGGCAACGACACAAAGUCUGCAUGCCUUGCUUCCCAGAUGCAUAAAUCCGGAGUGCUCAGGAAAGCCAUCGACUACAUCAAAUACUUGCAACAGGUCAACCACAAACUACGACAGGAGAACAUGGCCCUUAAAAUGGGAAACCAGAAGAACAAGCCAGUGACGCUGUCUGAGGAUGUGGACCUCAAACAGGAAAUAGUGAUGAUGUCACCUCCAGCCUCAGACUCUGGCUCCGGUUCCCCCGAGCAGUUCUCUCCGUACUGUGUUGACUCGGAGCCCGGCAGUCCCUUACUGGAUCACGACAAGGUGAAGAGUGAGCCAGAUUCUCCGUCCACCGUCGGAGUGAUGGAUCGUUCUCGACUGCUUCUCUGUGCCCUCACCUUCUUCUGCCUGUCACUGAACCCGCUGCCCUCUCUUCUGGGCUCUGAGGCCUCAGGGAGCCACGGCCUCUCUACUGGCCAUGGGCCCUCGAGAACGCUCGUCUGGUUCCCGACACACACACAGGACUUCGCAUCCUGGCUGCGGUGCCUGUUGCCAUGGGUGAUGGUGUGGGUGCUGAGUGGGGUGGGAGCUGUGUGGGGCUGUGUCAGGGUGCUCUACCUGUGGGAGCCCGUCACACUCCUUCACUCCCCGAAGUCUGUGUCCUUCUGGAGGCAUCGCAAACAAGCCGACCUGCAUCUCAACAGGGGAGAUUACAAGGCAGCAUUGGUUAGUUUAGAGACCUGCUUGGACGUCUUGACCCGCGCUCUUCCCUCAACCAAUCUGGAUCUGGUUUGCUCGCUGUCCUGGAAUCUUAUUCGCUACUGCCUGCAUCGUCCAACUCCUCUGGGAUGGCUGGUUCACCAGGUCAGAGGAAAGCACGAGGGAGAGGAGGCUCGGACAAGUGCGAAGGACGCAGCUCUGGUUUACCAGCGUCUGAGUCAGCUGCAGCUCACAGGAAAGCUGCCUCAGCGAAGCAGCCUGUGGGCUUUGUCUCUCUCUCUCAGCGCCGUCAACCUCAGCGAGAGCGCCCAAGGCAAGAUGGCCCCUGCUCAGCUCACCCAGAUCUACGUCACUGCAGCGACCGCCCUGCGCACACUGCUGGGCCACCACCUCUCCUUUUUGCCUGGUUACCUACUGAGCUGUGCUGAGAGUGUGGCCAGUCACUCAGACACCAAGCCGAUCCCCGACUGCCUCCGCUGGCUCUUCACCCCAUUGGGCCGGCAGUUCUUCCUGAGCUGUGAUUGGUCAGUGAAGUCUGAGUGCAGCGACAGCGUGUACACUUCUCAGAGAGAUUCGGUCGACCCCAUCGCCCAGCUGCACCGCUGUUUCUGCAGGAAGCUUCUGGAGCGAGCAGUUCACACCCUCAUUCAGCCGCAGAGCGACUCCGAAGCAGGCAAACGCAAGAAUGACUCUGGGGAGUUUUCCAGUGCUAUGGAGUUCCUCCAGCUGUUGAACAGCUGCACAGAGGACUCUCCUUCCCCGCCUCCUCCCUUCUCGACUCCUCCCAAUCACACCACCACACCAGUGGGAGACCCGGUGAGUCGCUGGUGGGCCUUGGUCCUGAAGGCGGCGGUGCACUGGCUGCAGGGCGACGACGUGGUGGUGAGGUCACUGCUGGCCGAGGCAGAGCGAAUGCCUAGGGCUCUGCACACUCUUGACCACUCUCUUCCCAAGGCUGUUCUGCUGCUUUGCAAAGCGGUUCAGAUGAGUCUGUUGCCUCUGAAGGGAGAAGGAGCAGUGGCCUGUCUGUCCCACUGUGACCGAGCCAGCAGCCACCUGCGCGCCAGCAUCUCCGAGCCACUCGCCCAGUCGGGCAACGGGCUGAACAAGGUAGAAAUCAGAGAAGCUGCAACAAGCACCGUCAUCACUGACAUCUCCGGGGUGGAGCUCCUGGUGUGCGACCUCCUGCUGACCUUGAGGACCAGUUUGUGGCAGCGAGGCGGCAGCAGCAACGGAGAACCCGGCCCGGCCCCUGGAUCCCAGUUGGCUGGUUUUCAGAGGGACCUCAGCGCGCUCAGGAAGCUCACACAGAGCUACAGGCAGGCGCAACACAAGGUGUUUCUCCAUGAGACCACAGUGAGGCUAAUGGCCGGUGCCAGUCCCACAAGGACGCACCAGCUGCUGGAGCACAACCUCCGACGCAGGACACACAACUCCUACACAGCCGGUGAGUGUGUCCUGGGCGAGAGGGAGAGGGCCCACGCCAUCCUGCUGGCCUGCCGCCACCUGCCCAUGCCCCUGCUAACUCCGCCUGGGCACCGCGCCCGCCUGCUGGCCGAGGCCAAGCGCACCCUGGAGCGGGUGGGAGACCGCCGCUCCCUGCAGGACUGUCAGCAGAUCUUGCUGCGCCUCAGCGGGGGCACGACCAUCGCAGCCUCCUGAACAAACACGACUUAAAAACACCCGACUCAUCCACCAUCACGUAAUUCUGUAACUGUCACAUGUUCCCACACUCACACUGAUCCACGAAUAUGGAGUCCUCUACCGCAGCCUUGUAUCCACACAGCAGCUUCACAUCUGCUCCUCUAACUCUUAGUUGCCCUGUUGCAGCACAAUCACGCCACCUUCUGGCCAUUAAUUGUACCACGCUGGUUAACUGCCUCAUUUUAAACAAUGCUUAACAACAAGGGAAAUCAGGUGAAAUAGGCCCCACAGGAAAAAGGGACCACGAUCUCAUAGCUUAAGUAGAUGCAAUGCAGCAGUGCAUUGAUUAGCUGUAGGAAGCCGAGCUGUACAAUCAUUCCUGGCGCCCGCUAACUGUUAGCUAAUGGCUCAGUAAACUCGCAAGCUUCUAUUAAAGGGCUUCAGUCUGUUCAAGAGUGGACUGCCCUGACCUGUUGAGCAAGGCUGUGCUGGGAGCUGCAGCCAGAGAGUGGCCGGCACAGUCUUUUCCUAUCUACCUCAUACACAGUACAAUGCCAGCACUGUACUGCUGAGCAUCACAGGACCCUUCAGUCAGUCACUGAAUUUGAAUCAAGUGACCGUUUGACGUGAUGCUUAGUUCCAGAGCGGCGCCAUUCCAUUAACAGCUCGCUGGGACUUUAGGAAACAGCAGCAACACAACUACUGGAAAGUUUAAUGAGACACAGCUGCUGCUGACAUGUUCUGUUCCGUCAGGACAGAGGAACAAUUAGUGGAUUUGCAAAACGUCAAAGUAGCACAGGGAAGCAGUCGAUUGUGGGAUAAUAAGAAAAAAAACGGACAAACAGAAAUUCAUAAGCACUACAGGUCAAAGGUUUUAGAACGUCUCAAUUCUUCCAGCUGCUGUUUACAAAUUUGAGAUUUAAUCUUGGAAUCUUCACAUUCAAUUACAUUAAAUCUUCUUUUUAUUUUUACUCACUCACAAACACAAUUAUGGCAGCAAAUAUUUUGUUUUAAUCCGAUCAAUGUUGAAGAAGUUCCCACGUACUUGUUUUGCUUUGACCUUCAGGUUCAGUUCAUCACAAACCAGCAGCAUGAGGUUUCAAUCUGAAGACUGUGCUGCUCUUCAUCACGUGAAGCCUCCGCCUGCUUCUCGUCUUCAAUGUUUUGACUCAUUAGGUCUUUCUUACUCAUCUCAUAAACAGAUUUACCUUCUUUCUAUUUCAGUGGAAAAGUGAGGAAGACUAAAAACCUUUGACCAGUGGUGCACAUGAGACAUGAAUUGCAUACACACAAUGUGAUUGUAUAUAGUUUGUACAUAGGCAGAUAAGCAGAAGUAGAAUUCUUACGCACUGCUUGAGAGAUGAAGAACAAAAGAACUGUAACACGUAGAAUCUGACCAGGAGAGUCCAGUUCACCAGGGAGUUCAGCCGCGAUACGUUUUUCCAUGGUAACAAAUCGUCGGUAAGAGAAUAAUCACCUCUCUGCUGUGAGGGGUGCAUCGCGUCAUGGUGGGAAGAUUAACUGCAACACAGCCGUGACGUGAUAAAUUGUAUUUCUUGGAAUACGAUGUCCAUAUACAUGUAAAGCUCUCAAGCAAAAUGGCCUUGAUGUUAUGUAAAAAGUUGAUGAUGUUUUCAUCAUAUUUUAAUUGAUGGAGGAGUUUUAGCUUUGUGAAAAAUCUUUUGUCUACUUUGCUUUUUAUUCAGUCAUUCCAUUUAUUUCCCGUGCUCUGAUGACCUUAUUUAAUGUUUAUGUGAUAUUAAUAUAAAUGCAUUCUUUGGUUGGGAAGGGAGCAAUUUUAUCGCAUUUUAUUAUUGUCGUUAUUUUUUGUUGUUUAAAAGAAGCCGAGGGUCAGAAACUAUCAGAGGGAGAAGCUCUACGAGGAAGAUGUGUAUUUCAUUGAAGAAGUCCGGCCUGCGUUUAAAUAAAUAGCCGGAAUGUUUUGGAUCCUGCUGCAAUUUCUUUGUCGUUUGUCAAGUUCGAGCAAACACAAACUCGUGCUAUUAAAAUUUUCCAGAACUCUGUCUUCCAGGUCAACUCGAGCUGUCAAUACGUCCCAUCAGGAGUCCGGAGUCGAGCUUUAGAAGAAGAAGAAAGCGACGCUCAACCAGCCAGUAGCAGGCUGCAGUUACUAUCAUUAGGAUGUUAUAGUUUUUUUUGGUUUUUUUUGCUUCUUCCCCUUGAUGUAUUUUAUUCUCUGGACUUUUGUGUUUAUUUCGAUGUUUGUUUUAUAAUAAAACAACACAUGAUAGUUGCUGGCAAA